AUGAAGUCGAUCCUUUACAAUCAAAAAGCAGUCUUUGAUAGCUUGAAAGCAGGUAACAAUGCAAUUAAGGCGAUACAGAGUGAAAUCAACAUAGAUGAUUUCCAGAAGUUAAUGGACGAUACUGAAGAAGCUAAAGCUUACCAAGAUGAAAUUAAUGCCAUCUUGGGGGAGAAAUUAUCAGCAGAAGAUGAAGAGGAAAUUUUGGCAGAAUUUGAGGACUUGGAAACUCAGAUGGCCGUUCAAGACAUGCCAGAAGUGCCUACUAGAGCUGAAUCUGAGGAGCAAAAGUUGAAUCUUCCCGAUGUGCCGACCAAGAAGCCAGUCGCUGCUGAUGCGGCUAGAGACGAUGCUGAAAUUGCAUCAGAGGAUAUUUCCACAAAAAGAAGAGUUAUGGAAGAACCCCUUCCUGCAUGAUUGAGAAAACGACGUGGCCUUCAUGAUAAGCAGCUUCCC